AUGACCUUUGAGGACGUGGCCAUCUGUUUCUCCCAGGAAGAGUGGAUGCUCCUUGAUGGGGCUCAAAGGCUCCUGUACUGCAGUGUCAUGCUGGAGAACUUUGCACUUGUAGCGUCCCUGGGUUAUUGCCAUGGAACAGAGAAUGAGGUGAUAACCUCUGAGCAGAAGGUAUCUGUAGAGGGAAUGUCACAAGUCAGGAUAUCUGAGGCGGGUCCAUCUACACAGAAGACUCAACUCAGUGAGAUGUGUGUCCUAGUCUCAAAAGACAUCUUGCACCAGGCUGAACACCAAACCACAUACCCUGUGCAGAAAUCAUACUUGGAUGGCACAAGCAUGAGAGGCUUCUGUUUCAGUGCAAAUCUUCACCAGCACGAAAAGCAUUACAGUGGAGAGGAGACCUGGAAAAGGGAUGUGGAUGGGGCCAUGUUUGUGACAGGCUGUGGGUUCCAUGUGUCAACAAAUCCUUUCACUUGUGGGAAGGACUUACCAGCCACCAUGGACUCUCUACAGCACCAGGUUACUCCCAAUGGUGAGGAGCCACACAGUAGAAGCAGCAAGUGUGUGCAAGCAUUUUUGAGUGGAAGAAGUUAUUACAAGUGGGAUGAAUAUAAAAAAGCAUCAAGCCACAAACACACACUUGUUCAACAUCAGAGUGUCUGCUCUGAAGGUGAGUUUUAUAAGCGUAGCAAAUAUGAGAAAGCUUUUACCUUCAAGAACACUCUUGUUCAGCACCAGCAAAUUCACACUGGAAAAAGGACAUAUGAGUGCAGUGAAUGUGAAAAAUCCUUUAGCAAAAAGUGCCACCUGAUUGUACACAAACGAAGUCACAGUGAAGAGAGGACUUAUGAAUGCAGUGAAUGUGGAAAAGCAUUUAUCCAUAAAUACAAACUCAUUCGCCACCAGAGGCAUCACACAGGAGGAAUGCAUUAUGAGUGUGGUGAAUGUAGGAAAGCCUUUAGCUACAGAUCCAACCUCAUUGAACACCAGAGAGUUCACACUGGAGAAAGACCUUACAAGUGUGAUGAGUGUGGGAAAUCCUUUAGACAAAGCUCUAGCCUCUUUCGACACCAAAGAGUUCAUACUGGAGAAAGGCCUCAUGAGUGCUAUGAAUGUGGGAAAUCCUUUAGACAAAUAUUCAAUCUCAUUCGACACAGGAGAGUUCAUACUGGAGAAAUGCCAUAUCGGUGCAGUGACUGUGGGAAAGCCUUUAGCUGCAAAUCUGAACUCAUUCAACACCAGAGAAUUCACAGUGGAGAAAGACCCUAUGAGUGCAGUGAAUGUGGGAAAUCCUUUAGACAGUUCUCUAACCUCAUUCGACACCGUAGUGUUCACACUGGUGAUAGGCCUUAUGAGUGCAAUGAAUGUGAGAAAUCCUUUAGCCGUAAAUUUAUCCUCAUUCAACACCAAAGAGUUCACACUGGAGAAAGGCCUUAUCAAUGCAGUGAAUGUAGAAAAUCCUUUACCCGCAAAUCUGACCUCAUUCAACACCGCAGAAUUCAUACAGGCAUAAGACCUUAUGAGUGUGGUGAGUGUGGCAAAUCUUUUAGACAACGCUCUGGCCUCAUUCAACAUCGGAGAGUUCACACUGGAGAAAAGCCUUAUGAGUGUAAUGAGUGUGGGAAAUCUUUUAGCCAAAGUGCUAGCCUCAUUCAGCACCAGAGAGUACACACUGGAGAAAGGCCUUAUGAAUGUAGUGAAUGUGGGAAAUCCUUUAGCCAGAGCUCCAGUCUUAUUCAACACCAGAGAGGUCACACUGGAGAAAGACCUUAUGAGUGCAGUGAAUGUGGAAAACCCUUUACCCACAAAUCCGACCUCAUUCAGCACCAAAGAGUUCACACUGGAGAAAGACCUUAUGAAUGCAGUGAAUGUGGGAAAUCCUUUAGUCGCAAAUCUAACCUCAUUCGACACCAGAGAGUUCACACUCAAUAA